AUGCUUAACAAGGCCUUGCCCGGUCAAGGCCCUCUAGGGAUUUCGUACUCUGAGGACUGGCAAGUUCUCGGUCCGUUUCGGUGCGGCACACGAGAAUCCGUCUGGGGUGCAGACCCGCUAGAGUUUGAGGGUGGAUUCUCCAAACUGCCAUUCAAUACUAGUGCGGUAUUCAACAGUGCUCUUGCUGUCAACGGAACUGCUAAAUGGGGGUUGCUUAGAGCUGACACAUCGGCCUCUUCGGAUCAAGCAAAAGCCAAGCUAGUAGUGAAAUUCCCUGAUAUAGACUGGGGUCAUUUUGGCUCCGUUUAUGGAUGGUCUGGUUUGCAAUACCAGGCCUGGGCGCGCGGUCAUUUGAAACUGAACAAAAGAAUCAACCAGAAUGUUGCCAUCUUUAGUGAGGGGAUACUAGAAUUCUCCAUCAACGGUCAACGGCAUUUUGGCGGCGAUGUGUAUGGCUACCACAGAGUGCCCAUCAUCCUAAGCCUGCCACCAGGUGAUAAUGUGAUAGAACUACGGUUAGUUCGUGAUGUUCGGGCAAUGGGCGGCAUAGGAGAACCCAUCAUUGAGGUCGCAAUAGAAGCAGAUAUACGCCAUGAUUAUCUUACCGUGGAUGAGCAUAGUCUGAUCCUACCAGAAUUGACCGAUAGAACACUUGGCAGCUCGUGGGCAUCGGUGAAUGUACAAAACAACAUUCCUGAUCCAAUCGAAAUUCUCUCCAUCGAGUCUUCCGAUGGCGACCAACUCCAACUAACCGCGGAGAAGACAUCACGUCUAUCUCCAUACCAAACCAGGCCUGUCGUAUUUCAGGUUCGUGCCGGACAUACUCCGACAAAUGAGGUCUCCGCCGAAAUAUGCUAUAGAGUACGAAAACGAGACAGCCAAAUUCGAUGUACUCGGCCGUUCGGGAUCAAAUUACCCCAAAGACUCUUAUCAGAAGCUCAAAGGAUCACCUAUCUACACCCGGCGAACAUCGUCUCGUAUGCCAUAUUGCGCGCCCCACCAAAACAGUUCUGUCAAGGGAACGAGUCCCUUCCGGUCAUAGUUGCGCUCCAUGGUGCAGGGCUCGAAGCAGAUAACAUGCAAGUACGCCGAAUGUUGGAUGCUGCGUAUGGGCUUUGCGCAUGGAUGCUGUUUCCAAGCGGUACCACCUCCUGGAGUGGUGAUGAUUGGCGUCAAGGUGCAUGGUAUCUUGCCACUCACUACCCCGACAACGUUAUUGCCCUGGCGCCCGUGUCGGGAUAUUCGUCAAUAGAAAACUACGUACCUUAUGCCAUGUGGCAGGAAUCCGAGCCUUUACUCUUCUCUGUUCUCCAAAAGUCACGCUCCAGUUUCAGGCAUGAACUGCUGCUGAGCAACAUCGCUGGAAUCCCAGUAUUACAGCAGCAUGGCGCAAUUGAUGACAAUGUCCCAGUAUAUCACUCUCGCCUCAUGCACCAGCUACUAGGAGAAGAACAUUGGCCGUCCGAGUACGAGGAAAUAGCCGGGAAAAAUCAUUGGUAUGAAGGGGUGAUGACAUCCUCGGCCCUCUUGAGGUUCUACCGAGAACAUGCUCGUUCCGAAUCUCACUCGACGGUCCCCACUUCAUUCAUAGUGACCAUACCGUCCUGUGGGUAUAUAUCAUCUAAGGGUGGCAUUUUUGUUGAUCAACUACAAUCACCUGAUGUGGAUGGCCAAAUAGAAGUUACCCGAGACAUCAAUAGUGGAGUGUGGUAUCUCAAGACUCGAAACAUACAUCGUUUUCACCUCUCAGGCAAUCAAGACCGUGCAGAACUGCCUACUUCCUUGGUACUUGAUGGCGCAAAAGACCCCUUCGAGAUCAACAGAGACCAGCACAAACAAACUUGGUUUGUCAAGGAUGCACGAGGCAAAUGGAAUUUGUCCCAAAAUCACACCUGGAAGAGUUUAGCUCAAAGACAUGGUCGUCAGCUUGGUGCGAUGGAUGCUAUUUUAUACUCGGAAGGAACAUUCACAAUCGCCUCGUGCUCGCCUGAAGUUGAGCACAUCGCACUUCAAACCAGCCGUAACCUUUUACAAUAUUUCGGUGCAGAUUCAUUCUUAACACAAUGCAACGAUACUGUUUCCCGCACAGUCCACAAAGACCGGCAGCUGAUAGAUGGCAAUAUCUUGACUCUUGCGUUAGGAAACGAUCUACCGCACUCGGAACUCAAGGCAUUCCCAAUUACUGCGAGUGAGGGCCAAUUGGUUUUGUAUAAGAAGUUACACUAUUUUGAACCUGAACAACAUGAUUACUUUGGAGGGAAUCAAGAACGCGUCGACUUUCGCUACGAAUUCGAGGCUGGAAUGGGCGCGCUCUUUCUUCGCCCAUUAGAGAAUGAACGACUUGAGCUUGUGGUAUGGGGGGCAGAUAUAUCUGGCCUGGAACAAGCUGCACGUCUUGUUCCCACACUUACUGGAGUUGGGUCCCCUAAUGCUAGCCACAAGAAUUCCGAGGGAAUAAUGCCUUUGACCGAUGAAAGUAUUGAAUCGAGUAUCCACGAGAGAAGCUUAUCAUUUGACUGCGAAGGAUCGAGCAAGAAGAGUUUGGCCGGCUCCGGCGGCCAUCUUGAACCUUUGUUGUCCUGCAAAUUGGGGAAUUUCAAAACCGUGGCUGGUGAAGCUGGAGAUAACCCCUCAAACAAGAAGCAGAAGUUGGACCAUUUGAAUACCCACACAGUCACCGAGGCUUCUGAAAUGGAGAAACUGCUUGCCAAACUUUCUCCCAGACCCCAGUCGACAGGCGUCAAAUCUUUUGUGGAUUUGGAAGCUCUCGCCAAGAUACCUGAGCAGCAAAAUUGCUCUGACGGGGGAAAGCGUGUUUUCACAGGCAAUAGCGAAAUUCCAGAGGGCUAUGUGGAUGCCACCAAGCUUGUUAGCAUGUUGCCCAGCACUCCCACACCCAAGCCGUUUGAUAUUUCUACUUUAAUAGACCCUGCUGAAACAGAUAUGACACAGACAGGGGCCUCGGAAGUGUUUCGCUUGAAGCAAGAAUUGCUUGCUGCCAACUCGAAAAUCGCGCUGCAGGAACAAGAGCUGGCUCAAACCCGAGUUAUCAAGCAUACUUUGGAUCAAGCCCUUGGCCCUCCCUCUGAAGCGGAAUUCAAUGGCCGUGAAGUGACCGAGCAGACAAUCAGUCACUUACAGAAUGCGUUCAACGCAACCAGUCCGCCAUUCAACCAACUGCUGGACGGAUGGACUGGACAAGAUGACUCUCAAUCGGAUAUCUCGGAUGCUCUUUCCGCUGGAGCAUACAGCAGAGCUCAAAGGUUCUGGAUUUCCCCUACUCAACACUCAUUCAGCAUGGGCUCCAGUUCCUCAAAUCCCGACAAAUCCUACGGGGAUGCUUUACCAGUUCCUUGUAGCUCAUUGAGCCAGGAAUCAAGCAGACUAUGGGGCACGUCAAUCCACACCCCCAACAUUCCUGGACACACUUCUCUUCAAUCAAACCGGGUGUUCUCCAGCAGCUCAUCCGGGCCUAACAAUUUUGAUGCACGACUUCCCGGGGAGCAGGCUCGAUACCUUCAGGGACCAGGUCUUGGGUCACGUAGGCCUGUUUCCCAAUCCAACCGUGGUGGAUCUUGCUUCCCAGCGCAGAACUCUCCCUGGGGCACAUUCACGAAUGGCUCUCCAAACAACCCUGCUCCUAGGUCACCACCCGGCCGACAUGGGAAUACUUACCAACAAGUUGGCCUAUAUCCAGUUCCCUCGUAUCAUCAACAACCGGCUGGGACUCCGCUUUCCCCAACGGCGGCUGAGUUCACUUCGGCCACGAACACGGGUGUUGUACCAUGGACAUCCUCACCGGUUGGAGGGACGCCCGCCCAUACUUAUGUUUCGCCCCUGGAGCCCCUGAAUUAUCGACGGCUUCUGGACAAAAAUGUUUCCUGCGAUUGGAGAUAUAUUGUGGAUAAGAUAGUCUGCAAUAACGACCAGCAAGCUUCUAUUUUUCUUCAACAAAAACUCAAAGUUGGAACAGCGGAGCAAAAGUACGACAUUAUAGAGGCAAUCGUACACCAGGCCUAUCCCCUUAUGAUCAACCGUUUCGGGAACUUCCUCGUGCAACGAUGCUUCGAACAUGGAACCCCAGAGCAAAUAAUCGCCAUCGCCAAUGCGAUAAAAGGCAAUACUCUAAGUCUUAGCAUGGAUCCAUUUGGAUGUCAUGUUAUCCAAAAGGCGUUUGAUUGCGUACCUGAGGAGCCAAAAGCCAUGAUGGUCCAUGAACUCUUGCGGAGAAUUCCUGAAACAGUAAUUCACAGAUACGCUUGUCAUGUCUGGCAGAAGCUUUUUGAAUUACGCUGGAGCGGUGAGCCUCCGCAAAUAAUGGCCAAAGUCAAUGAUGCACUGUGUGGGAUGUGGCAUGAAGUUGCUCUCGGAGAAACUGGAAGUCUUGUGGUCCAGAAUAUCUUUGAAAAUUGUGUAGAGGAUGAAAAGCGCCCAGCAAUUGAAGAAGUGCUAGCGAAAAUUGAUAUACUUGCCCAUGGGCAGUUCGGAAACUGGUGCAUUCAGCACAUAUGUGAGCAUGGUGCACCUCAUGACAAAAACCGUGCUGUUGAGCACAUUGUUCUCUGGGCAGUUGAUUACAGCAUGGAUCAAUUCGCGUCAAAGAUCGUAGAGAAAUGUCUGAAGAUAGGGGGCUCUGAGUUCUUGGAUCGCUAUCUUGCUCGAGUGUGCACCGGACGUACCGAUCGGCCGAGAAUGCCUUUGAUUGACAUUGCCGGUGAUCAGUAUGGGAACUAUCUCAUUCAAUGGAUUUUAAUGAAUGCUGCACCUCACCAUCGUGAGCUGGUAGCAAGUCAUAUAAGGAAGCACAUGGUCUCACUCCGCGGAUCAAAAUUUGGCUCACGCGUAGCCAUGUUAUGCUGCAACCCAUCUCAUGCAACACGUCCCGGACCAGGGGCGGGCAUACAGAUAGGCCGAUUCAACAACUUUGGCGACGAGCGCUUCCAGGUGUCAGGACAACAUGGUGCACGCUUUGGUCGCGGAAAUCAAUGGAACCCUGGCUAUCCACCUUUCCGCUAA